CUUGCGUCGGUGGCGAAAUGGUUGUUGGUAGCUAUAAAUAUCGAUACCUCGCCAUUGACCAGCGAACGGCAGUCGGUGCGAAGCAUGAGCCAUCAAGUAGGGUCGGCGCCCCCCGACGCCCUUGAGUCGUUGGUGACGAAGACGGGACCAGCCAAGGGAACAGGAGGCAGCCAUGACGUGGUGCGAGACGUCGACAUCAAGUACCCCACAGGCGACCAGGCCGUGCUCCUCGACGACAUCGGGUGUGGCUUUUGCUACUACGAGUCUGGCCGCGUCGCCGUGUGUGUGAGCAAGGUGAACGCCCUCCAGAAACGCUACUACUUUUACGCCAACAAUCGAAGCAAAGUCCUUCUGUGUUCGAUCGACGAGCACGUGGUGGGGAUGGCGGGGCGGCCCGACGGCACCAAGUUGGUUCUGACCAAAGAUAGCGCCAUCUUGUCGAAUGCCACGAACGACAUCGUCAAGACGUGGCGGUGGAAUCCAAACGCGCAAAACGCGGGCACGCCUCCGUCCGACCCGAUUGUGAUUCAGCUCAACGAGAGCCUCACGUUCAAAUUCGUGGACCGCAAGCACAUCGCGGUCAAGUUUGUCAGCGUCGGUGUGUCGGUCGUGUUUGAGUGCGGCGAACGGCUCAAACGCGACGACACGUACCUCCAACACAGCACCAAAAUCCAACAUGGCGCGCAGCGAGGCAAGCUCUUGGUCGACACGGCACACCAGCCCAACUUGAUUCAACGGCAGAAACAGAUCGAAGUCGCUGCGCUGGAGAAGCGCAGCAAGCAGCACCCCCGCAGCACCGACCUCACCCACUCCGACAUCAAACAAGUCGUGACGGCCCUCGAGCACAAGUUUGACGACUACCAAGGACUGCAUGUGACGCCGUACUGCACGGGAUCGUGGCUCCAGGACGCGCAAAGCCAAACGUUGGCCGACCUCCCCGUGCUGCCGAAAACAGGGUUCGAAGUCGGGAAGGCGCCGACGUUGUUUGGCCGGGAAAUGCACCCGCAUGCACCGUCGCACUUGGUGUCGACGCUGCAAGACAAAGAUGGCAAGUGGCUGUCCUCGCUCGACAUUCGCACGCGAUUAGAGCGCGCGAGCCCCGUUCUGCCACGAACAGCCGUGCUGUGUAAUGCCAGUGGACGAUACAGCGUCGACAUACAGAUUCCCGGGGGAUCGGCGCAGCCGGAAGGCACCAAGUUGGAGGUCGUGUCGGGGCAUCAACUCGAUGACUUCCUCAAAGACGAUUGCGCCACCGAUCAACUCGUCGUGGUUGCUUGCCUACGCGAAGACGACUUGAGCAGUCGAAAGGCCGAAAAGGUGCUGCAACUCGUCGCGACGAUACUGGCGCAUCCGCAGGAAGACUUGUCGCCGCAUGCGCUGCCUCAAGCGAUCGUGGCCGGCAUCGUGAAUGCCAAGUACCGCCUGGUCAAAGUCGAUUUGGCCGAGUCGCGCGAAUUUGCCAAGCGGUUUUCCAUCCAUGCGACGCCGACUUUUCUCAUGUUCUUUGAAGGCAAGUUGGUCGGUGUGACGAGCCUGGGCGGCCAUGCCGUGCGCAUUGCCCCAACCACACGCAAUGUUAACUUGACGAGCAAGAUGGAUCACCCGCCUCGAACGCUCUUGGUUCAACGAGGCGCCAAACAACAGGUACUGAGCGAGAAGACGCUACGAAAGGAGUUGUUUGCGUGGGACUUGGCACUCGGCGCAGAGGAAGCGUUCCAGCGCUUGUCAAAGCUGAACAAAGCCACUCAGGGUCAUGGCGUCCCUCCGUGUUACAAUCUCCUCCUCCUGUGCGACGACGUAAGUCGUUCGUGGUGAUGGCUUUGGUCACGACGAGGGUCGAUGGCGACUUCGUCCUGCAGUGCUUCUGCCAAUCCGUUAUUCCGUAAUGUGGACGUCGCUGCAUCUAGAUCGGCGAGGCAGACCUGCGUUCGUUGGAGCGAUACAUCCGCUCAACAGAUAGCAAGAAGGCGCCCAACCCCACCCAGCAGUGCGUCGUGGGUUUGAUAGUGACGAGCCCUGUCUUUGAAGCUCCAUUUGCCUCGACAUUGUGCCAAAAUUGUCGGACAGCGCAAGGCCGCCGCGUGAGCGUCGCCACAAUCGAUGAUGGCGUGUGCCCUCAUUGCGGCAUCAUUCCGAAGGCCAUCGUAGAAGCAUCGUCCGCGAUGUCGACAGUCUUAUCGGUUGCCCAAGUGUUUAUAUAUCGUCAUAUCCGUGCGCCGACGCUGCACCGCCUUGCUGAGAAAUGGGCUGAUCAAGUCACUCAAAAGAAGUCGGAGCAGGUCAGCUCGAACCAACUUCUUCCAACAAUGGAGACGCGUGACAACGUUGGUUUGCAGAUGCUACGCGGCGCCGAAGUCGAGUUGCACAAGGGGCUGACAAAGGACACGUUGCUUCGUGAGAUGGAGCGCUACCUUCAGGCUGGUCGCAGAGGCCUCUUUGUUCCCAAGGACAGCACCCUCCACAUGGCCCUCAGCGCCGCCGACACCUCCGUCUUGAACACACACUUGACAGGGAAACCCAAUUCUGCGUGAGCUUCCUUUGGAAGAAUAAACGCAUCAAAUAAAACGUACUACCUCUCUA